AUGGCACAUGACAAUCACGAGGUCAAAAUGAGCAAGGCUCAGAAGAAGAAGUCGUUUUCGCACCAUAAGCGUGCACAGGAGGAGCACGUGGUGGCCGCCAAACGCGCGGUGGCGAGGGAGAGGAAGGAGAAGAAGGCGGAAGCGAGGAGGGCGGAGAUGGAGGAGAGGAAGAAAGAAGUGGUGGUGGUGGUGGAGGUGGAGGGAGAGGGAGAGGUGGAGUGCGCAGGUGACGGUGAAGAGGAGGAAGAUGAGCAGGUAGCGUCUGCCGUUGAGAUGGCGUCUUCUGCGUCCUCCCCUCUGUUGUCGCUCCAGCAGCAAGAGGAGCAGAUGAGGCUAGCUUUCGUCAAUGCUGAGUUCCAGAGGAACUUGGCGGCGUUUCGCCACAUGCGUGACAUCCCGCUCGCGCCUCCACCAGAGGCAGCUGAAGAACAGAUGCCCGGCGAGUACUUCGUGCCGCCACCUCCCAACACCACCACAACGCCCAAUUGGGCUGACGAAGUCCUCGAAGACUUCGACGAAGACUCCGAGAUGCCUUUUUGA